AUGGCCACCUUCAAACUCCCCAGCACCCACCUCUCUCCUCCUCAAAAAACCCUCGUCCCCUUCUCCACCUGGUACUCACCACCACCAAGACAGCCGCCAUCACCACCUCCAAGACAGCCGCCACCACAACCUCACAAUGAAUCUCCAUUUAUGUUUACUAUCUCCGAAGCAAUCAAAAACAUUGAAACAAAACCACUUCACGUUUCUCUCAAAAAAAUUCUACCUUCAUUCAAAGCCCAUCACUUUAUCAACCUCAUUAACCAAAACCCUUACUUUCUACCUCCAACAUCCCUCCUUUCUUUCUUUAACUUUCUCUCUUCAUAUCCCACUUUUAGCCACACAGUUCAAUCUUAUUGCACUAUGGUUCAUUUCCUCAUUGCACACCAAAGGAACCAACAAGCACUGUCUUUGCUUCAUUUUGUUGUUUCACGUAAAGGGAAAGGCUCAGCUUCUGUAGUUUUUGCCUCAAUUCUUGAAACUAAAGGUACCCUUUUGUCAAGUUUUGUGUUUGAUGCCUUAAUGAGUGUGUAUACGAAAUUUGGUUAUGUAUCUGAUGCUAUUCAAUGUUUUAGAUUGGUAAAGAAGCAUAAUUUGAAAAUCCCAUUUGAUGGUUGUAAGUGCUUGCUUGAUAAAAUGAUUAAAAUGAGCUCUCCUAUGGUAGCUGUGGAGUUUUAUGUGGAGAUUUUGGAUUCUGGGUAUCCACCAAAUGUGUAUAGUUUUAAUGUUUUAAUGAAUAAAUUGUGUAAAGAAGAUAAAGUUAAGGAUGCUCAAUUGAUUUUUGAUGAAAUUUGGAAGAGGGGUCUGCGGCCUUCAGCUGUCAGUUUUAAUACUUUGAUUAAUGGCUAUUGUAAAUCAGGGAAUUUAGAGGAGGGUUUUAGGUUAAAGACGGAAAUGGAGAAGUUAAGGAUUCUCCCUGAUGUAUUUACUUAUAGUGUUUUGAUUGAUGGGUUGUGUAAGGAGUGUAGGUUGGAUGAUGCGAGUAGGUUGUUUAAUGAAAUGUGUGAGAGAGGGAUGGUUCCUAACAGUGUUACUUUUACCGCAUUGAUUAAUGGGCAGUGCAAGAACGGGAGAGUUGAUUUGGCCUUGGAAAUUUAUAAGCAAAUGUUGAGUAAAAGUCUCAAACCUGAUUUGGUUUUGUACAAUACGCUUGUGAAUGGCCUUUGCAAGGGUGGAUAUUUUAGGGAAGCAAGGAAACUUGUUGACAAGAUGAGUAAGAGAGGUUUGAGACCUGAUAAAUUUACUUACACUACUCUUCUAGACAGUUGUUGCAAGGAGGCAGAUUUAGAAUCGGCUUUGGAGAUGAAGAAGGAAAUGGUUAAAGAAGGAAUUCAGCUUGAUAAUGUAGCCUUCACAGCCCUUAUUUCUGGAUUGUGUAGAGAGGGAAAGAUAGUAGAUGCAGAGAGAACGUUGAGGGAGAUGUUGAAAGCAGGUUUGAAGCCAGAUGAUGGUACGUAUACUAUGGUCAUGGAUGGAUUUUGUAAAAAGGGUGAUGUGAAAAUGGGGUUUAAGUUGCUCAAAGAGAUGCAGAGUGAUGGACAUAUACCAGGAGUGAUCCCUUACAAUGUGCUUAUGAAUGGACUUUGCAAGCAAGGGCAAACGAAAAAUGCUGAUAUGCUUUUAGAUGCAAUGCUCAAUUUGGGUGUAGUUCCAGAUGACAUUACUUACAACAUUUUAUUAGCAGGGCAUUGCAAGCAUGGGAAACUGGGAGACUUCCAUAAUGUCAAAGGUGAAAUGGGCCUUGUUUCAGACUAUGCAUCUUAUAGAUCACUACUUAAUGAAUUGAAAGAAGCUUCUAAAGAUCGCCACAAGAGAUGA